AUGUUACAAUCGACGAUAAACGAUCUGUUCGAGAUCGUAUUGUGCAUAGGUUUAUUUUGUUUGGUCAUUUGGUUGAUGGCAAGACGUGACAAACGGGAUAAAGAACAAACGAUAGAAGUCAUACUGGAGGACCCCGCACCGAUUACGGAUGUGAUUUAUUACGAAUCAAUGACAUUGGAAGACAAGUAUAAAAAAAUAAACUCUCAACUCGAUACGAUCGGCAAAUUGAUACCAGUUGACCAGGAGUUAAUAGAUUUACAAACGAAUCUGGCGGAUGUUGUAAGAUUGAAACAAAAAGUUGAUGACGUUUAUCGGUUCGAAAUGGCUCAAUUUGAGAACGCUAUUGCGUGGCUAGAAACGCCUUCGGUCACUCGCGGUAGGUACAAGCCGUUGAAUCGCGGUGACGACGACAAUGACGGAUCUGACGAAAGUUUUGACAUGAAACAUUUGAUGCGGGCCAUACGUUUGGCCGCAAAACGAGCGAUCGAUGAUCACGUUCCGGGUGGAGACAAGAAUUUCACUGACAGUACGGUUAGCGGCUACGAUGAUGAUAAUGAAUCUUCCGAUGGAGAACCCGUGUUGGAACGAGUCGACCGAAAAGCGGUGGAUAUGUUCAAAAUGCCUGACGUGGGUCUAAACAACUUGUUGGAGAUCCGGCGUGCGUUUGAACGCAUUUUGCCCAUCAUAAAACACUGGACGCAAAAAGCUUUAGAUGAUGUGUCGGAAACCAUAAAGAUUUGGUACGUGGCGUUUAUGAUUGCCCGGCGUUCGACGUUUAACCGGGAAAAACUGACUGUGGCUCGUGACGUCGCGUCCGAGAUGGUGAGUCGUGUUGUCGCGUUUCAGGCCGAAAUCAAUAUUAAAGAAGACUUGACGACGAUGGCGUUGGAACUAUUCCCGGAUAAGUCCCGGACCGUUAAGAAGAAGGGAUUUUUAACGCAACUUUUGGAACUAUUAAAGCGUGCAGUGAACGUUGUUCGACCCAAGUGA